GCCACGUCACAUGGUGAAGUGCUCGAAGAGGAAUCUAGAGCUCAAGAUAAUUUUGUUCAGGCUAAAAUAUAUAAAGAUUAUCAGAUAGUAAAGUCGAUAGCAUAUGAUCUGAUACGCGACGCUCGUACAGAAUUGAACGUUUAUAACAGAAAAAUGUGCAGUCCGCUUAUGUAUGUAUGUGCGAAUAGCUGUGUGGAUGUCGCAUUGGAGCUUGUACAACGCGGAGCUAAAGCAGACGCACCAAACUCGGACAACAUCUAUCCCCUGCAUAUUGCAUGUGAGAACGACCGGAUCGAUCUGGCUAGAGUUUUGGUUGAGGUAGGAAAAGGGAACACAAAUGUAGCUGACAACGAUGGUACAACGCCAUUACAUCUAGCAGCUUCCAACGAUUCAAUAUCUCUGUGUAGACUGUUGAUAGAAUAUGGAGCCAACAUUUAUGCUCGUACUAAGCAAAACAGGUUGCCUUAUGAAUUUACACACAACAAGGAGCUAAAGAAUAUUUUGAAGGGUAUGUGUACCUCUUUGACCCACCCACUGCAGAUUGAUUUCAUCGAAUCGCCGCUAUUAGGUGACUCGUGUAUUGGUAUGACUAUGUGUCCUGGAAGAAACAAGAGGCAACAUCGGAGAAGUCUCGAAGCCGACAUUGAAGUGCUAGUACAAAAUAAAGUGGAUGUGUUGGUCUCACUGAUUCAAAUCAGUGAAUUAGAAGCGAUGGGAAUACCUGACAUGAUCCAGAGGGUAAGAAAUGCGGGAAUAGAAGUACUACAUGUUCCAAUUCCGGACAAGUGGAUUCCGUCGAGCAUGAGGCUUUUGGCAAAUUUGAUCAAUAGAAUUUUAGAGUAUAUCCAUGCGUCUAAGCGCGUUGUCGUUCAUUGCAAUGGUGGAAAGGGUCGGACGGGCUUUGUUGUUGUCGCCACUCUUGUGACACUUGGAAUGGAGCCAAGAGAGGCGACGCAGCUGGUCAGGUCUGUAAGAAAGGGCAUGUUGUACAAUCCGGCACAAAUACUGUAUAUCAGAGCGUACAAAUUGAAUUUGAGGUCUAUGAAUCCAGACAGAAUAUUUAAGUAUCCCAUGCCAAUACCAAUAGAGCUGGGUGAAAAAGAAGGUAUACGUGAUAUGGAUCCCGAAAAGGAUGCUGAAGACGAGAAAAAGCAAGCUUAAAAUACGCUUUUUGACAUUUAAACAGAGAUUUUAGAUUUUGACAGCCCGAUCUCCACUUCUCGUAAGAACAGCGGGAUCAGAGCUUCAUGCCAUCUCUCUAUGACUGACUGGAAUUCGUUGGCAGCUGACAGGACUGAGUGGCAGUCUCAAAAGGAAUUUGAUCUCAUAGCAAAUUGCCUAUUCAAUUGGGUUUAGUCAUUUGUAACAAGGCCUGAUUUUUAAAAACGUGCAAUGUACGAGGGACGGGGCGUGGCCAAGGUGCACGCGCACCCAGCCGUUAUUUGAGAUCUGGAGUACGUGAUAAUAUUCAAAAAUAGUUUGUACCUUCAAGAUUCCCAGCAGAAUUGCGUCUCGAACUACACUGAGUACGGCUGCGAGAGGAUGGUGGAAAAAAGAAAUACAAGGUUAUUAAAAUGCAGGAAGAGCUGGCAUUGUUUUUUUAGCGGCAAAAGAUCUUGAAAAAAGAGAGUAAAACAUCUUUUCAGAAGUACAGCGCCUAUAUUUUGAAAUCCAAAAAUCAUUUCAUUGGUGUUUUCGGUCUUCUACAGCUAUUGGUACAUCGCCUUGAGGUGGUUGAAUUGCUUGAUCCAUUGAAGAGUCGAUGAUACCCGCGCCGGCGGUUUCGAUUCUAUUAGGAUCUACUUUGUAUAUCCAUUUUUGGUAUAGAUACAGAAUAAAGACAACGUCAUCUCGGAAGCACUGGAUUCGAUGCAUGGUGGGCAUUCUGAUAAUGAAGACGAAAAGGUCAUCUAUGAAGGUGUUGAUAGCUUUGUAGCAGAAGACUUGCCAAGGUAGGUGCGCAACACUUUUUAGUCUGUAAUUGAUGAAUAGUUGUGGUGUCAUCAUGAUGAAUGCAAAGGUGUAGAUAAAUCCGGCCAGAGACGAGAUGACCCAAGAGUACCAUGAUUUGUAUUCGUGGUAGAUGAGUGUGUAGAUAGAAUAUGCAAUGACCAGGGGAUAGAGGGCCCAAUACAAGUAUCGCAUAGCCUGGUCGUCGAAGGCCUUGGUAGAAGUGUAUCCUUCGCGCUCGGUGACAGAGAUCCAAUAGAAGUAUUUGGGGUGGGGAACCAAGCGGAUGUGAACAGCUUUUGUGAUUUUCCAGAAAUUGAUUGCUGUCGAUGCGAAGGCAGAAAGAAGGAUCAUCCAGCUAGUGUCGUUGUCGAUCAGAUAUAGCAGGAUGAUGAUGUCUGAAAUUACUUCCAUAUACAGUCCGCGAAGAGAGAGUCCGCGCAUAGAUUUUUUGUUUUUUCCAGAAUUGGACGUCGCUUUUGAAUGCUAAGAUAUCCAAUAUUGUGUGCAGGAUUGAAACAACUGCUGUGACGAUAAGAAUCCAAGGUGGGUUGUCCACUAGGACCUGUUUGACACUUUCGAAGACGUCAUCGCCUUCGCCCAGGAGUUUACUUUGCCAGGUCAGGGACUGGGUGAAUUGUUCGAAGAAAGAAAAUUUGGCAAUAGAGAUUGGUUCGUAGCGCAGGCGGAGCGUGAGGCGUUGCGAGUUUUCAUCGACUGGUGAGUAAUGUUCACGAAGUUCCCAGAAAUCAUUAAUAUAUAGCAGUGGAUAAUAAUUCCCAUUUUGGUCGAAGAAAAAAUACGAUGCAAUAGGCUGUGGAAUUGAGUUUUUGUAGACCGUGAAAUCGUUGACCAGAGAAAUUGUCAGGUUGCCAUUCCAGAAGGGCACGGGUGGCAAAGAGCUUGAAGAUCUAGUCCAAGCUGUGGUCGAAUUUGUGGGGGGCGAUGCCGUGGUGUCAAGACCGAAAAGAUUUUUGCGGUUUUGUUUUCUGGGGGUGAGAAAUACUUGGUUAAAGAAUAGACCCGGUAUAUUGUCCAGAGGUCUUGAUCAUCUUCGAGAUGGGAAAGCAAGUUUUCCUGGUGUUUCAACACAAAGAUGUGGCUAUAGAGAGAGCCGUUGGAGAACAAGCACUGUUAAAAAAAAAUUGGUUGGCAGGAGAUUAAAAGAGAAGUCUAUCAAGACGAGAGAUUUUGCUGAAAGCUGAAGUCGAAUUCAUGAAAAUUCAUAGGUAGAGGAAGGGGGAAAGAAUGGUUUGCUAUCGUACAGAUGGUGUAUCGAAUUCUAUAAGUUCUUCACGGGUAUUUGAAGGGUCCCAACUACCAAACUCAAUACCCGUAUUACCCAUUUUAA